GAGUCCGCCAGCUGUCGUCUUUUAGCACAGAAAAUAAAAACAGCAAAGAGAAAAUAUAUUAUAUUACAUAAAAUUUCAUGAUAAUACAUUAUAUUAUAAAAUAACAGUAUUUGUGCUUGUUUAUAUGUGAUUUAAUAGUAAAAUGACACACGCCGAGAGAGAGAGAGCGUGAAAAAGGAGGGACCAAAAAGAGGCCCCGCCCUCAAGCUUCUGGGGGUGCCCUGCGCGUAAACAAAACCACAUUACCGGUGUCUCUGUCAGUCAGUCUUUAAGCCAAGCGCGGGAGAAGAACGGAUGCAGACCGCGUGACCUCUGCACGACUUCCUGGGAUUAAACGCACUGCUUUUCCCGGUGACCCCUGAAGGCACCUGAAGAAGACACAGUGACCAUGCCCUGCGUCCAAACCCAAUGUGGCUCCUCCCCUCAAGGGGCCAGCACGGCGUCUCAGAACACGGGCGCCGGGGAACGCAGCUGGGACUUCCUCACUCCCGAGUUUGUCAAGUUCAGCAUGGACCUUGCCAACAGCGAAACAUCAACGACAUCGUCGGGGGCGCCGCACGCCGUUUUAGCCGAGCCCUUCGGGUGCGGCUACGAUUCGAAGUCCCAGUGUGUCUUCCAAGGGGAGGUGCCGUACGUGAAAGUGGAGGACGCACGCGGGUGUCCGCGCUUUCAGCCUAAUCAGCACCUCCAGCAUCAAACGGAUCAUCUGCUCCAAUCCUACUACUACCGUUCUCCGUCCCCGCGUCCGUCCGUCUCGUCCAGCUUCCAAACUCCGUGGGAGGACUCAUAUCAAGACUACUUACUACGUAAAAACACUCGAUUUUCCUUGUUUUCCAUAAAGCACACACAAGAAGGACAUCAGAGUUUGUCCGCCUGCCAGGUGAAAUUCGACCGAGCUUUCGCAGCCGCAUCGCACCAAGCGCUCGACUCCCCCGGGCUUCUGUGCUGUCCCGGAUUUGGGAAGCAAACCCGUGCGGGGCUUCACCCUAUCCAGCUCGCUCACAGCCACCACGCCAACAUCAAUCCAGCCGCCGCUCGACGUCGAGAAGACUCGGAGGGACUGUGCGCGGUUUGCGGGGACAACGCCGCCUGCCAGCACUACGGAGUGCGUACCUGUGAAGGCUGCAAAGGAUUCUUCAAGCGCACGGUGCAGAAAAAUGCCAAAUAUGUCUGCCUGGCGGCCAAAACUUGCCCCGUGGAUAAACGACGUCGGAACCGCUGCCAGUACUGCCGCUUCCAGAAAUGCCUUACAGUCGGAAUGGUCAAGGAAGUGGUGAGAACAGAUAAUCUAAAAGGUCGCAGGGGUCGCCUGCCCUCCAAACCCAAACCGCUCCCUGAUUCGUCCUCGCCGGCCGGAACGCUGCUAAGCGCCCUCGUUAGAGCCCAUGUGGAAUCCAACCCGUCACGCCUGGAUUACUCCAAAUUCAAGGACGGCACAGAGAGUCCACUCGGGGACGACGCUCAACACGUGCGCCAUUUUUACGACCUCCUGACCAGGUCCAUGGAGGUGCUUCGAGCAUGGGCGCUGAAGAUACCGGGCUUUGCUUCCCUACCUCGACAUGACCAAGACCUCCUGUUCUACUCGUCUUUCUUAGAACUCUUCGUGUUACGCCUCUCCUACAGAUCCAGUCCACAUGAAGGUAAGCUGGUGUUCUGCGAUGGCUCCGUAUGGCACCGCCUUCAUUGCGUGAGGGGAUUUGGCGAAUGGAUUGACAGCAUCGUGGAGUUCUCCGUCAAUCUUCAGAGGAUGAACUUGGAUCUCUCCACCUUCUCCUGCAUAUGCGCCCUUGCCUUGGUCACCGAGCGACACGGGCUGAAGGAACCGAGGAAAGUGGAGGAUCUGCAGCGCAACAUCGUGAAGUGUUUGAAGGAUGGCGGCACGGUCGCAGACCGAGACCAAGACCGGGACCGGGACCGAGACGCAAACGCUUGGUCCAGCCAUUUAUUCAAGCUGGUGGAAAAGCUCCCGGAACUCCGCACGUUGUGUAUCCAAGGCCUGCAGAGGAUUUUUUAUUUGAAGCUGGAGGAUCUGGUGCCCCCGCCCGCGGUCAUAGAUAAGUUAUUCCUCGACACGUUGCCCUUUUGAAGACACAAGAGACCCCAAACGCACAAGGACACUGUGCACCCCCCCCCCCCCCCCCCCUCUGUGCCAUCUUUUGUCAUUUACCUCCAAAUAUAUGUUAGUGACUUUUCUCAUUUUUCUAGUACAACAUAAUUUGUGGAUGUCAUGUUUGUGGAAGUGUUUAUUAUAUUGCUAAUCGUCUUAUGGUUGUCAUGUUUUAUUCAAUAAAUAAUUACAU